AUGCAACGACCACCGCCUUUUGCGCAACCAACGACGCCUGCACGGAGUCAAUCCCAGCAGACUGGUGAAGGACAGACAAAUGGCGAUCAGUCUGCUCCAUCGCUCAAGCGUCGCGGGAGUGAAGAUGCAACAGCGAGUGAAGCGAAACGACAUUCUACCGCACGAAAGCCAUCUCAUUCGCCUGGAGCGGAACGGCAACGACGAGAAAGUCAGCCUCUUGAGGGACAUGGCAGGCAAAACAAGGUUGAGCCGAGUUAUAUGGGUAUCAAGGUGCCUUCUGACAUGCACUUGAAGCUCUGCCAAUUCAUCCGACACCAUCUCCUGGGAGAUGGACCGUAUGCUGGCCAGCCGGGUCUUGAGAUUGAGGCGAAGCUCGGCAGACUUGUAUGGAAGGCGAGUGGUGAGCGGAUGGAUUUCCCACUCAUCACAGCAGCGAUGCUGACGCCUGGUGAUGCACGCGAUUUACCCUUUCGCUUUGUGUCUGACAUGUCGAAACGGCAACACAAGGCUUUCAAUGAGCAUUUGAAUGCACAGGUACAAGAUCGUGCACGGGCUGGUCGGAUACAGUAUAAACAUACACGCUCAACAGAUCGUCAAUUCGGUCCACCGACAUCCGGUCCGGCUGUUGGGAAGGGCAGGCAUGUACGUGUCACGACAGAUGACAAAACAGGCGCUGUACUGGAGACCAUGUCAAAGGAGACACUCGAUUCGCUCAAUCUGUAUUGUCCUGAUGCGCCAUUUGAUAUUCGCAUCAGCAUCAAUAUGGAACACAAGCAUCCCCUUCCUACUGCGUAUCAUCAGGGGAGUGCAGCGUGUACGGGGGAGCGCAAGAAGGACAGGUUGACGUAUAAGCAUCAGCAUUAUCAAAUUGACUUGACGCAAGUCACAGGUGCUGGUGCUGGGGAUCGGUCUGGUGCUGCUUCUGCGCAAACAACACAUGAGCUGGAGGUGGAAGUCAGCAAUAUGGAAGAACUCGCUCGACAAGCUAGGAAUGAGGCGGAUCAAAUGCCGAAUCAGUUUGAGCCCAUGGUCGAUAGCUUUUUGGGAACGGUGAUUCUCCUGUCGCGGGCUGCCAAGGACCUUGCCAUUUAG